ACUCCCAAAGAAAAUUAACUUCACUCCAAUAUUCUCCAAUAAAACUCCAAAAGAAUCCAUAUAAUAGUUUAUUCUGAUUCCAUCAACCCCAGGCUCAUUAGAUGUGAACCUAUAAAUGAUUAAAUUAUUAUUGCGAUAAAAUGGCAAAUAAAACACUGAAGUUCGCCAUCUUGAAAUACCUAACAGAUUUUGAUCGUACCCAUGAAUCGUACCCCUGUUGGUAUGUAAGUUUUUCAGUCAGUUAUUCAGAUUUCAGAAUAAUAUUCAGAAUGAUCGUUACCUUGAAAAUGAUAUCGAAUAUCCGAUAUUUGACGUCUACUGAUAUCGAAUAAAAAUAUAUCGGUUAAGAAUAUCGGGUCCUCCGAUAUACCAGCUGAUAUGGAUACCAAUGGAUACCGCACAUCCCAAGACCCAAACUCUGCUGCUACCGUAUACCUAUACUUUAUUACUUUUCGAUUACGAAAAAUGAUACGCUUGGUGAAUCAUUUGGAAAAAAUUCUAGAUGUAUCUAAAGUGUUCAAGCGAUACAUCAGCAAAAAUUUUGAAUACCAUGAGGAAGUUGUUAUGGCAAUGAAAACUAAAAAACCUAUUGUAGCUCUGGAAUCAACUAUCAUAACACAUGGUAUGCCAUAUCCUGACAAUCUUAAUACUGCCAUUGAAGUCGAAAACAUUGUGAGAACACGGGGAGCAGUUCCAGCAACGAUAGGAAUUAUAAAUGGUCAAAUUCACGUAGGAUUGAAUAAAACACAAAUACAAAAUUUAGCUGAAGAGUCUUGUGGUCCAAAGAGUGCAAUAAAAUGUUCACAGAGAGAUAUUUGCAGUCUAGUUGCUGGAAAAUUACAUGGAGGUACAACUGUUGGAGGAACAGUGACAAUAGCACAUUUGGCUGGAAUAUCGGUGAUGGCCACAGGUGGAAUUGGCGGAGUUCAUCGAGGUGUAGAACAAACAUUUGAUAUUAGCUCUGAUCUAGUGGUUUUGGGAAAAACGCCAGUUGCUGUUAUCUGUGCUGGAGUCAAGGCAAUUCUCGAUAUUCCUAAGACUCUCGAAUUUUUGGAAACUCUGAGUGUUCCUGUGAUAUCAAUUGGCGAAGAUGACACAUUUCCAGCAUUUUAUAGUCGUAGAACAUCAGAUUCAAUUAAAUCACCAAGCAGCAUACUGACAACAGAUGAAGCUGCUGAAUGUAUUCGAGCUCAAAGAAGUUUAGGAAUUAAUUCUGGCCUUAUUUUUGCUGUUCCACUCCCAGAAUCCGUAGCACUUGAUUCAAGUGAAAUUGAAAAAUUUAUUGACAUGGCUAUUCGAGAGUGUGAUGAUAAAUGUAUUCGAGGAAAAAGUGUCACACCUUAUUUACUUAAAAGACUUACUGACUUGACUGAAGGAAGAUCCUUAACAGCAAAUAAGGUUUUAAUAAAAAAUAAUGCUGCUGUGGCUGCUGAUAUUGCUGUGAAAUUAUCAAAACUAUCUGAAGAAAAAUUUACAAAUGUUUUGACGUCAUCCAGAGAAGAACAAUUAUUGGGUUUUCCAGUUGUUAUUGGCGGGGUGACAGAAGACACAACAUUGGCUGUUGAGGAGCCAGCAAUCCAGUUUGAUGGACGAACACACAAAGGAAAAAGACGACAGAGUUUUGGUGGUGUUGGUAGAAAUAUUGCAGCUGCAUUGAUUGCAAUUGGAAUUGAAAAAGCUCAAUUUUUAUCUGUUGUUGGUGAUGAUAAUGCUGGUGUAGAUAUUAUACGAAGCCUUCCAAGUGCUGAAGAAACUAUUGACAAAUUGUCGGAUAAAAUUACGGCCAGGUAUACAGGAGUAACUGAUAAAAAUGGCGAAUGUAAAUUUGGAUUUGGAGAGAUGGAUAUUUUUAAAUCAAUAGACGCGGAUUUUGUGAAAAAAAACUAUUCUAGAAUUGAAGCAGCCAGACUAGUAGUUCUAGAUGGAAAUUUGCCGACUGAAUCGAUUAGCGAGGUCAUUAACAUUGCUGUUCAAUGCCAGGUGCCAAUAUGGUACGAGCCAACCGAUGCGAAAAAAGCCUGCAAGAUUUUCGAGUCACAUUCCGAAUGGCAAACUGUUCUUCAUUUUAUUUCACCAAAUAUUAAAGAAUUAUUUACUAUAGGAGAAUAUUUUUCAAUAAAAAGUUGCAUUGAUGAAUCAAAGAAUUCAGAAAUCGACAUCAUCAAAGAUAUUUCCGAAAAAUUGGGCAGAUAUGUGCCGGUUAUUAUGACGACAUUAGGAUCAAACGGUCUUUUGGUGGUGCGAAAAUCCUGGAGAGAAGAUUUGUUUUAUCUCAGAGGUGAAAAAAACAAAAUAUCAUUAAUUGAAAAUGAUGUCAAAGUCCAAAGUAGAAUUUAUUCUCCGCUUUCGACAAUCAGUGUAGAAUCGAAAAGAACAUAUAGUGUUAGUGGUUGUGGUGAUUGCCUUGCAGCUGGUGUCAUCAGUGGUAUAAUGAAAGGCAUGGACGAAGCAUCUUGUGUCAAUCUAGGACUUAAAGCAGCUGGAAUUUGCUUGGAGUCUUUGGAAACUGUUCCUAAAACGCUUAUUAAUUUGCGAUGAAAAAGAUAAACUCUGUACAGUUGGCAACAUAUCGUAUUGUGAACCGCUAUGUUGUGGCGCGUAAAUUCAAAAGUGUCAACAUUUAUUACUGAAUUCAAGCAUAUUGUUUAUUUAUAAUUAUGAUACAUCCGUAACGCAUACAUGGGAAAAAUAAAUUCUACAGCUUUCUUGUAAUGAA